AUGGAUGCACUUCCUCCAGCUAACCCUAACCCUAACCCCAAUCCUAACCCCAACCCCAGGCCCAACCCUAGGCUGAUGAAAGACUUUGGUAGGCCCCAAGUAGGCAAUUCACCUUCUUGUAUAGUGCUUACCAAUGCAGGAAGAAAUUAUGAGCUUAAGACGGUCCACUAUAGUCAAUUGCCUUCUUUUCACGGCUCGGCGACCGAGGAUGCCCUUACCUUCAUCCGGGAUUUAUACGGGAUAGUCCAAAACUUUCCGUUGAAUGACUUGACGGAGGAUGAAUUGAGAAUGAGGUGUUUCCCAUACACCUUGAAAGAUGCAGCAAGGACAUGGUUCAUGUCUCUCACACCAGGUUCCCUUCGAACAUGGCCAGAAGUGUACAAUAAAUUCAUAAGUAAAUUCUAUUCUCAUGCUAAAACUACGGAAUUAAGAAGGAAAAUUGCAACUUUCUCGCAAGCUGAGGGCGAACCGUUCCAUGAGGCAUGGGAAAGGUUCAAGAUGUUGCUCAUUCAAUGCCCCCAUCAUGGUUACCCAUUGGAGCUGCAAAACCAAACCUUCUAUGAUGGUUUGACCCAAGCCUGUCAAUCGAUAGUUGAUAAUGCGGCUGGGGGUGCCAUGGGAGAAAAAACUGAGGAGGAAACCUUAGCUUUGUAUAAAAUGCUAGGAGCAAACUCCCAACAAAAGAGCAUAAGGGGACGGACACCAGGUUUGUAUGAAGUUAGCUCAAAUCCUGAAUUGACGACUUAUAUGUCUGAGUUAACAAAACAAAUGACAAGCAUGUGUUCCAUGAUGAGUAUGAACCAAAAGAAUGCAGGUAUGAUUGAAGGAAAUGACAAUGUUGAGCAGGCUAAUGCAAUGAACAGUUUUAAUCAGAGGCCGAGAAAUGACCCAUACUCCAAUUCUUAUAAUCCGGGUUGGAAAAAUCACCCUAAUUUAUCUUGGGGUAAUAACCAAAAUAAUUUUCAACCAACUGCUCCGCCUCAACCAAAAAAACCAUCUGUGGAGGAUGCUUUGCACAAUUUUAUACAGGUUUGCAAUAAACGGCAGGAAGCUAGUGAGCAGCGGUUCCAACAAGUUGAAGCUUCCAUGAGAAAAUUGGAAGUACAAGUGGGGCAAAUCGCCGAAUCUAUGCAAAGCCAUGUACCAGGUAAGUUACCUAGUCAACCUGAGAAAGCUAAGGUUAUGACUGUUUUAAGAAGUGGUAAAGUUAUUAAAAAUAAUGCAAAUACCACUUCUCGACCAGCCAAAAUAGUUGAAAACUUACAUGUUGAUGAUGUUAAUAAGGAUGAACCCAAGUUGCAUAAAUCCGUUGACCCUUAUGUGCCCCCUAAGCCUUAUGUUCCCUCAGUUCCAUUUCCUAGUAGAUUGAAAAAUUCAAAAUUUGAUAAAUCAUUUUCUGAAAUUUAUGAUUUGUUGUCAAAAGUGCAUGUGAAUUUGCCUUUGUUAGACAUGAUUAAAAAUAUGCCUGCCUAUGCUAAGUUUUUGAAAGAACUGAACACUAGAAAGCGUAGGUAUGAACAUAAUGAAAAAGUUUUCAUGUCUAGAACUGUCAGCGCUGUUUUACAAACUGACUUGCCCCCAAAAUUAGAAGACCCUGGUAGUAUCAUAAUAACUAUUACGGUGGGGAAUUCUAAGAAAGAAAAGGCAAUGCCUGAUUUAGGGGCGAGCAUUAACUUGAUGCCAUAUUAUGUCUAUUUGCAAUUGGGUUUGGAUAAAUUGAAAUCUACUACAAUGUCCCUCGAGCUUGCUGAUCACUCUGUUAGAUAUCCUAGGAGCAUUGUAGAAGACGUUCUGGUCCAAGUUGAUAAAUUAAUAAUUCCUGCUGAUUUUGCUGUGUUAGACAUAAAUAAGGACUGUAAUCAUAAGCAGGACAUGCCCAUUCUGCUUGUGAUAUGA